GCCAAUUAUUAAGUGAUUGAUGGCCGUACAUCGUGUUUAGUUCUCACACGUUCUCUUAUUUAACUUCACUAAAAGCAGCCUUCUAUACCAGUGCGUAUAAAGGUUGCUACUGAAACAGACAAUUAACAAGUACUCUCAUCCGACUUUCUCAAUUCGAAAUUCUGAAAGUGAUCAACCAUGAAGCUGCUUUACAUCUCUCUCGUCGCUUUCCUUUGUAUCGCCGGAUCACAAGGACUUAAAUGUCAGGGUCAGUCUGCAAAUGUUCCAAACGAAUGGCUGGACAUGGUCGAACCAUGUGUAAAAAUAUUAGAAGCCCAGGUUAAAACCGAAAUUGAAGCUGCUAUGACUUAUCUUGCAAUGGGUGCUCACUUUGCUCGUGAUACAGUUAAUCGUCCUGGAUUUAGUAAAUUCUUUUUCGAUGCUGCCAAUGAAGAAAGAGAGCAUGCAAUAAAAAUCAUUGAAUACCUGUUAAUGCGUGGUCAAUUGACAAACGAUGUUAGUAACCUUGUGAAAUAUCCGAAACCAUUGGGACAUAGUUGGGAGAAUGGUUUAAAAGCCUUCCAAGCUGCUCUCAAAUUGGAAGCAAAAGUUACACGUCAUAUCCGUGAUAUUAUAAUAAAAUGUGAAAACCCAGCACCUACUUCAACUUUCAAUGAUUACCAUCUGGUAGACUACUUUACUGCAGACUUCUUGGACGAGCAAUAUAAGGGACAGCGUGAUAUCGCCGGAAAAGUCUCAACUUUGGGUAAAAUGAUGGCAACACAUGGGCAAUUGGGAGAAUUCUUAUUUGAUAAAAAACUUCUGAAUGGUGAAGUGUAAUUUGAGUUUGAUCAAUGAAGUUUUAUUCUAAUAAAUGUAUAUGAAAUUAUGGCCAUAUU